GGCUCCAAGGAGGGGGAGGGGUAAGGAGGGACGGCCGGGCCCGUCAGUCAGGCAGCGGGAGCCGCCGGGAGCGGAUGGCGGCGGCGGUAGCGGCCCCACUCGCCGCCGGGGGUGAGGAGGCGGCAGCCACGACCUCCGUUCCAGGGUCUCCGGGUCUGCCCGGGAGCCGCAGUGCAGAGCGGGCCCUAGAGGAGGCCGUGGCCACCGGGACCCUGAACCUAUCUAACCGGCGCUUGAAGCACUUCCCCCGGGGCGCGGCCCGCAGCUACGACCUGUCAGACAUCACCCAGGCUGACCUGUCCCGGAACCGGUUCCCCGAGGUGCCGGAGGCAGCAUGCCAGCUGGUGUCCCUGGAGGGCCUGAGCCUCUACCACAAUUGCCUGAGAUGCCUGAACCCAGCCUUGGGGAAUCUCACAGCCCUUACCUACCUCAACCUCAGCCGAAACCAGCUGUCAUCGCUGCCACCCUACAUCUGCCAGCUGCCCCUGAGGGUGCUCAUCAUCAGCAACAACAAACUGGGAGCUCUGCCUCCCGACAUCAGUGCCUUGGGAAGCCUGCGGCAGCUUGAUGUGAGUGGCAAUGAGUUGCAGGCCCUCCCGGCAGAGCUGUGCAGUCUCCCUUCCCUGCGGGACCUCAGUGUGCGCAGGAACCAGCUCAGCGCCCUGCCCGAUGAGCUGGGGGAUCUUCCUCUUGUCCGCCUGGAUUUCUCCUGUAACCGUGUCUCCCGCAUCCCGGUCUCCUUCUGCCGCCUCAGGCACCUGCAGGUCAUUCUGCUGGACAGCAACCCCCUGCAGAGCCCUCCGGCUCAGAUCUGUCUGAAGGGGAAACUUCACAUCUUCAAGUACUUGUCGACAGAAGCUGGGCGGCGUGGGGGGUCUGCGCUGGGGGACCUGGCCCCUUCCCGCCCCCCGAGUUUCAGUCCCUGCCCUGCUGAGGACUUAUUUCCUGGACGUCGGUACGAUGGUGGGCUGGACUCAGGCUUCCACAGCGUUGACAGUGGCAGCAAGAGGUGGUCUGGAAAUGAGUCAACAGAUGAAUUUUCGGAGUUGUCCUUCCGGAUCUCGGAGCUGGCCCGGGAGCCUCGGGGGCCCAGGGAGCGGAGAGAGGAUGGCUCCGCUGACGGAGACCCUGAGCAGAUUGACUUCAUUGACAGCCACGUGCCUGGGGAGGACGAGGAGCGAGGCGCUGCUGAGGAGCAGCGGCCACCAGAAUUAAGCCCUGUGGCAGGGGACACCGAGAAGGCGCCAAGCAGCAGGCGGGAGGAGCCGGCCGGGGAGGAACGGCGGCGCCCCGACACCUUGCAGUUGUGGCAGGAGCGAGAGCGGCGGCAGCAGCAGCAACAGCAGCAACAGCAGCACAGUGCACUCUGGGGGGCCCCCAGGAAGGACAGUUUUCUGAAGCUGGGGAUCAGGGCUGCUGGCGGAGGGGCUGCUGCCUCGUCCACUCAGGCCUCCUAUGAUGGCAUGCCAAAGUCCAGUGCCACCCAGCCGGGAGCUUCAGGAGGACAGGGAGCCCCUGCCCCCACCCCUGCCCCUGGCCCCACCUCCCAGGAGCCCCUUCCUGCGGCUGGACCAGCAACAGUGCCUGCUCCCCGGCCACUCGGCUCCAUUCAGAGACCAAACAGCUUCCUCUUCCGUUCUUCCUCUCAGAGUGGCUCAGGCCCUUCCUCACCAGACUCUGUCUUGAGACCUCGGCGAUCCCCCCAGCUUCUGGAUGAAAAGGAGCUGAUGGCUCAGCUGCGCCAGGUCCUUGAGUCAAGGCUGCAGCGGCCCCUGCCCGAGGACCUGGCAGAAGCUCUGGCCAGUGGGGUCAUCCUGUGUCAGCUGGCCAACCAGCUGCGGCCCCGCUCCGUGCCCUUCAUCCACGUGCCCUCACCUGCUGUGCCAAAACUUAGUGCUCUCAAGUCUCGGAAAAAUGUGGAGAGUUUCUUAGAAGCCUGUCGAAAAAUGGGGGUGCCUGAGGCCGACCUGUGCUCGCCCUCGGAUCUCCUCCAGGGCACUGCCCAGGGGCUGUGGACCACCCUGGAGGCUGUGAAGCGGGUGGGGGGCAGGGCCCCCCCGCCCGUCUGGCCCCCUUCUGGUCUGGGCGGCUUCAUCUUCUUCUACGUGGUCCUCAUGCUGCUGCUCUUUGUCGUCUACACUCGGCUCCUGGGUUCCUAGGACCUGAAGUCACCCUUUCUCCCCGCCCCCAUCACCCUAUUUCUAUUUAUGACUCCUGUGCGACCCCGGUCCCUACCAGUGGUGCCUUCAGCCCCUACCAAAGACACUAGUGAGCCCCUUCCCCUCACAAACACUGACCUCAGAGGCCCCACUCUGGUGUACCCAGACCCUGGGCCCCCAGCCUCUGGCCACCCUCCUAUAGCCCCUUCCCUUCCCUCACCUCUCAGUGCUGAUGGUGCCUUCAUCCCUCCAGACCCUGCCCUCUGCUCCCUCAGAGGGUCGAUCGCAACCUUCCUCCUUUUGCCGUCCCUCUCCCACCCCCACAUUGUUCUGGGGAGCUAAAUUAUAUUUUGUAGAGAGAACUCUAUAUUUGUAGGGGAUACAGGGGCCCAGGCUGGGUCCCUGUCUCUGUGUAUAAAUUGUACAGACCGUGGCCGCCUCUUGUGUGUGUGUGUGUGUUUGCGUCUGCUCCUGCUGUGGCCAGGCCCAGCCCUGGCCAUGCCCCAGGGGCUCUGUUUGUCAGCCUACCUGUUCCAGCAUUUCCCUCUGGAAAUGACAGGUCUCUGCUCUGCUGAACUUGGCCUCCUGUGUCAUCACCCUUCUGUCAUCUGCUGGCAGCUUCCUCGUAUCUCGUUUGUCCCCAAGCCAUGUCCAGGGUGCCCCUGACCUUUGCCACCUCCACCUGGAAGGGCCAUCCUGUCAUCCCUGUUUGCCCAAGCUUCUGUAGGGUUUCUCCUGCCCUGCCCUCUGAGGACAGGGAAGCCAGAGAACAAGGUGACGGGCACUUAACCGGGCCCCUCC